CCUCACUUCGCCGCCGUUGGGAGUCCCAACAGCCUAUGCAGCAAAGAUGGAUGGCAUGUAUGCGUCCAUUGUCCGCACGCCGGUCUCUUCCUGUCAUUCCGUACCGUGAACCGUGCGUGCGGCCUCUGGUUAGCAGACAUGUCUUCGUUCAUCUGCGGACCUUUCACUCUUCCCAUGCGCGCCUGGACGAUGCUCAUACCCCCCUUCGCAAGCAGUUGAAACAUGCUGCGAAAUCGGCGAAGUUAUCUGGAAGCGCUCAGGUAUCCGACCAUCAUGACGUCCUCGACGACUGGGAACUCACAGUGGGUAUCGAAAUCCAUGCCCAAUUGAAUACUGCCAGAAAGCUCUUUUCUUCUGCAUCAACUACACCAAACACAGAGCCAAACUCAAAUGUGGCGGCUUUCGACAUUGCCUUGCCUGGAACUUUGCCCGUAUUCCAACCAGCGGUCGUACUGCCCGCACUCCGAGCCGCCCUUGUCCUAGGCUGCCGCGUUGAACCAGUCAGCUAUUUUGAUCGGAAACACUACUUCUAUCAUGAUCAGCCCGCAGGUUACCAGAUAACUCAAUAUUACCACCCGUUCGCAAGACGUGGCCGAGUCACCCUAUCGUCAGACGAUGGCUUGCUGGAUGGAGAAAUAGUCGAUGUGCGCAUUAAGCAGGUACAGUUGGAACAAGAUACGGCACGAAGCCAGGAGGAAGAUGAAAAUACAACCUUGAUCGACUUCAACCGGAGCGGUCAUGCAUUGGUUGAGAUCAUAUCGCUUCCAGACCUUCACUCACCACGACAUGCGGCUGCAUAUGUACGCAAGGUCCAGGCCUUGCUGUACGCUGUUGAUGCUGUCACGACUGGAAUGGAGUUAGGUGGAUUACGAGCCGAUGUGAACGUGUCUGUUCGCCGCCGUGACGAUACUAGCGACCAAGGGCUUGCAUACGCUGGUGUUUCUGGACUUGGUCAACGAACCGAGAUCAAGAACCUCAGCACUUUCAAGGGUAUUGAGGAUGCCAUCACAGCAGAGAGAGAUCGCCAAAUCAAACUUCUACAGUCCGGAGGUACCGUCGAACCUGAAACCAGAGGAUGGUCCACGACACACCCCAACGAAACUAGAAGGCUCCGAGGCAAGGAAGGCGAAGUCGAUUACAGGUACAUGCCUGAUGCUGACAUCCCUCCGUUGUGCUUUGACACGGAACUUGUCGACUACCUUUUCAAGACCAUGCCUCCCACGCCCGAGGCUCUGGCUCAGCGUCUGAUCAAACAAUAUGGGCUUUCACCAACAGAUUCGAGAACAUUAGAAUCUCUCGACGACGGCGAAAGGUUGAUAUACUUUCAAGAAGUCGUUGACGAACUGUUGAACUUGAGCUAUAACACCGAAUCUCUCAAGGAUGUCGGCAAACUAGCGGGUAACUGGGUUCUACAUGAACUCGGCUCCCUGUUUUCCGUGGAUGAAAGUCCCUGGUCAAGUCAUAGAGUUCCAGCCCAGUCUCUCGCCCAUAUCAUCCACCAUCUAAGGAAAGGCGAGAUCAAGGGCCCAUCCGCCAAGCUGAUACUGAAACUCCUCUUCAAUGGCGACACUCGCAGAGUUUCCACGAUCAUUCAAGACGAAAAGUUGUCCUUCACCAAGAUGUCGCCAGAGGACUACGAGAUGAUUGCAAGCGAGGUUAUGAAUAAAUUCCCCGACACUGUCAAGGACAUCGUCGAGAAGGGUAAAGUCGGAAAAAUCCAGUUCUUGAUGGGUCAAAUGAUGAGGCACCCACGGAGGAGCGAGAUAGAACCGCCUCAGGCCGAGAAGACUCUACGCCGGCUCAUAUUGGGUGAGAAGCCCUAGAGAUUCAUACUUUGUAGAAACACCAGAUAGCGAUGCACGAAACAAAGAUUGAUACCCCCGAGCUGGAAACGUGAUGUGUCGCUCUCGCGCGUAAUGAAC